AUGUCACCGUUUGCUGGUUUCACUAUAUGUGGAAAGAUAGGUAAAGCGUGUUCUGGAUUAAGUGACGUUUUGCUUGUAAGACAGUUAGCUGAUAAUAGUUUGGCUGCAUUACGAAUAUUGCCUUUGGAGAAAAUGGAUUACGAUACAGUAAAGAGAGAAGUAUGGUUUUUGAAAUGGCUAUCUCAUCCUUGUAUUGUAACAGUAAAUCAAAUUAUUUCUAUUGGAAGUAGCAUUUGUAUCUUCUCAGUCUUAUGCGAUCUCUGUUCGGUUUUACAUGUUGUGCAUAAUUAUUAUCCAUGUGGUCUUCCUGAAAAAGCUAUUGCUCAAAUAUUAAAGAAUCUUUUGUCUAUUCGAUGCAGUCAUAUUCUACUCCAUUGCACUGGUAUUGUUAAGUUAACUGGUUUUCGUCGCUGUUUGUUUUUACAACGAAAUGAACUUACUGGUACUGAUAAUGUUUUACACGAUUUCGAAUCUGAAAUUUCGGAUGAAUUGCUUUGGUUAGCGCCGGAAAUACUAAAACAGGAUUUGUAUGGUUAUAGUUUAUCAUCCGAUGUAUAUAGUAUUGGAAUAACAAUAUGUGAAAUGGCGAACGGUUUUCCACCAUUUUCGGAUAUGGAUCGAUUACGGAUGCUAUACGAAAAAAGUAAAGGAACAACACCUCAGUUACUGGACUGUACUACGCUUUCCGAACAAAGCAGUAAUGACGAAUUAGGGCAGAAUCGACUACAAAGGCAACGUCGACGUUUCAGCGAAUCUUUACGCGCGAUUGCUGAUUACUGCCUCAAACCUUUACCAGAAAACAGAUGGUCGGUAUCAAAACUUUUGGCUCAUCCAUUUGUGAAGUCAGUCAAAAAAAACCGCUCUUUUACAUCCUUGUUGCCGCAAGUAGUGCGGAUCAGGCCUUCAAGAGAUGGCUAUCAACCAUGCGGUGAUUUCAAUCAUGAUUAUCUAGAACUUAUAGCUUCAUUUCAAGGAGAAAUUAAUAAAGUGUCCGACUUUGUCUACUAA